CCCCCGAUAUGAACCCCUUCCUGGCCAGUAUCAUUAGUACAGUGUCAGUGCUUUUUAUUAGCGCUGAUCACUGUAUUGGUGUGUCACUGGGGAUGUCAGUGAAACCAAAUCAGUUCCCCCCAGUGUCAGAAUGCCCUCCACAGUCCCACUAUAAGUCGCUGAUCGCCACCAUUACUAGUAUUAAAAAAAAAAUUCCAUUGUAUAUACUGCCAUUUGUAGAUGCUAUAACUUUCACGUAAACCAAUUAAUUUACAUGUAUUGGGAUUUUU